AUGACUCCCAUCUUUACCACUCCUAAAACCAGCAAUAUGGACAACAUGGUCAUGGACCAGACAUGCAGCAAUCCAUGUUGUUUCUUUUGCAUCAUGAAAGAGCCAGACCAAUCUCUCAGAAGAGCAGGAAUAGCAAGCUGUUUCAAAGAAAUGCCUCUCAAUGGAGAUGACCAAGAACAUGUUUUGGUUCUGAGUGGUCUCUGGAACAUUGCCAUGACUCAACCAGAUGACCCAGAGUUCCCUUCCCUUGGCAUCUUUGAUUGCAUGGCAAGUUUCAUAGAGAAAGGAGUCAAUGACAGAAGCUGGCUUCUCAGAGAUCAGAACAUUUACAUACCUUACUAUGCUGCUCAUGUCAUCGGUUCUUACACUAUGAACAAGGUUGAGUUUGCAGAGAAAGCUGUCCUUGCAGGUGUGAUACCUCCAUUAAUGGAGCUUCUAAGGGGAAAGAUAAGUUGGGUUGAGCAACGAGUUGCGGUCCGAGCCCUCGGUCACCUGGCAAGCUAUGAGAGAACGUUUGAAGCAUUAGCAACAUAUGAAGAGGAAGUGGUAAGGUUAGGAAUGCACUUAGCUUCUACUUGCCUUAAUGAAGUGUAUGUUAAAUUUGUAGGUGUUAAAGAUAAGAGUAAGAGAUCAACAUAUCACUGUGAUUUGCUUACAAGAGGAGUUGGUGGUUCAGAAAUGGAGAACAGAAAGGCUGAAGAAUGGGCUAGCCAGCUUCAAUGCUGGUCUCUUUAUCUUCUCAAUUGCUUUGCUUACAAGGAAAGAUCUCUGAAUCUUAUUUGUAAGCAAGAGUUUUUGACAGAUUUGUCUAAAAUGUGGGGUGGAUUAGUGAAUCAUUCAUCACCAGCUGGAGUGGGACUGAUAAGAAUCUUGUGUUAUAGUAAGUAUGGAAGAAAAAACAUCUCUGAAUGUAAGGAAGUCUUAGAAAAUCUAUGUCAUCUCUCGAGAUCAUCAGAUGAUUGGCAAUACAUGGGGAUUGAUUGUCUUCUAUUGCUGCUCAAAGACCCAGAUACGAGGUACAAGGUUAUGGAAAUUGCCACCAUGUUUCUUAUUGAUUUGGUUGAACUCAAAAGCCUUGGAGACAGAUCAGGGUUAGGUGAAACAAUCACAAAAGCCCUCCUCUUAGAUUAUAAACAAAGCAAAAUCAGAAUCAAGAACACCCAUGUUCAAAAGGCAUUAAAGGAAACAUGGGAGUUAAAGGUAGAAAGGCGAAAGAGAGAAAAGAUGAUUUCUGAUGAAAAAGUUGAAGAAAGAAGAGUCCUAGCAAACCUGAUAAAGCAACAAGCAAACCAUUUGUUCUGGUUAGGAGAUGUCGAAGCUGCUGUAAAAAGCUUCACGGAAGCAUUAAAUGCAUGCCCUUUGAAGCAUAGAAAAGAUAGAAUGAUUCUCUAUAGUAAUAGAGCUCAGUGUUAUUUGCUACUAAGAAACCCUGAUGCUGCCAUUAGAGACUCAACUCGAGCUCUUUGCCUCUCCAAUCCUGCAAAUUCUCAUGGUAAGAGUUUGUGGAGAAGAUCACAGGCUUAUGACAUGAAAGGGUUGGCUAAAGAGAGCUUGAUGGACUGUAUAAUGUUCAUCAAUGGCUGCAUCAACUCAGAGAAGAAGACUAACAAGCGUGUCAAGAUUCCAUACUAUGCAGCUCGUAUGAUCAGCAAACAGAUGGAUGCCACAUGGCUGUUUGCCAAUGCUCAGUCCAAGGCCACAAGCAAUGAUCAUCUGAGAAAAGUACAAGAAUCAGACGAUGAUUAUGAGAUAAACAGCAAUGAAGAUCAAGAUGAUGAUCAGUGUAUUGAUGAAAUUAUGAGGAUGAUGAUGGAGAAGAAAAGUAUAGCAUCUGAGUUCAUCACACCAUCGAAAACAGAGGAUAAGGUCAGAAGAGCUCCUGAAGACAUCUAUGAAGAUGUAGCAAAGGAAUGGAAAAAUUGUCUAGUACUGCAAUUUUUGGGGAAAGUCCCGAAUCUCAGCCAGAUUCACCGCAUUCUAAACAAUAUUUGGGGGCGUGAUGGGCAAGUACGAAUCACUUCCACAGAUUACGACUUGUUUAUCAUUCAUCUUCCAACAGAAAGCACUCGACAGUGGAUACUAGAGUCAGGUCCUUGGCAUGUGAUGAAUCAGCCAGUGGUGGUACGUCAAUGGGAGCCCGGAGUCACAAAGCUUGACAUUGAUCUCACCAAAUUUCCAGUUUGGGUGAACUUGAAGGGGGUGCCGCUUGAGCUCUACACCAAAAGAGGCCUUAGCUUCAUAGCCAGUGGUAUAGGUAUGCCCUUAUACAUGGAUAAAGCUACUGCAUAUAAACAAAGUUUACACACCGCUAAAGUUUGUAUUGAAGUUGAUUUCUCUAUUGAUAUACCUGAUCAUCUAGAAGUUGAGAUGAAAAAUGGAUACGUAGUUAAAAUUGGCAUAGAUAUACCCUGGAAACCCCCUAAAUGUCCAAAAUGCAAAGUCUUUGGGCAUUCAGAUUGUUCUAAAAAGCACUCGGAGAAGAUCUGGAUGCCAAAAGAAUCAAAAUCUGUGCACAUUGUAGAUAACUCUGUCAAUGAACCAGUUUUGCCUGUUGAGAUACCUAUUUUGCAUUUAGAUGAAACUAUUGUUGAGUCUGAAUUAGAAUUUGAGCCAAAUUUGCAGUCAAGUGCUCAAUUUCCACCUCUCACAGUAGAUAAGUCUGCAGACAAAGGGAAAAUGGUGCAAGGCUCUUCUGCAUCUGGUAAUAGAUUUGCUAUCUUAGACACUGCGACAGUUGAAGUUACUGGAAGUAGUGUUAAUACAACCAUUGCUUCAGUUGAGAAAAGUCCCCCAAAAAAGAGAGCAGAAAGGGCAGCUUCAGCUUCUGUUUGGAAUGUAAGAGGCUUUAAUGACCUCUCCAAACAAGCUGAAAAGGUGAAAAGAAUAAGAUCUCUUAAUGCAGAUAUUGUGUGCUUGCUAGAGACUAGAGUCAAGUUCCCCAAAUUUGAUAAGAUUGUAGAUAAGCAUUUUCAAGAUUUCAAUUGUUUGCAUAACUAUAGCCAUGCUACAAAUGGAAGAAUCUGGGUUUUAUGGAAAUCUGAUAUUCAAUUAGAUCAUGUCAUCACUACAGAGCAGAGUAUCACUGUUAAGGUUGUUUCCGCUCAACAAUCUUUCUUUCUAACAGCUUCAUAUGGAGCUAACAAAGGUAUUACCUCUGAUAUUGUUGAGUUUAAUGAAUGCUUGAAUGACAUAUCUGUUUUUGAUCAUUCUUACACUGGCCCUAUAUUCACUUGGUAUAAUAACAAUGAUGAGCACCCUUUAUCACGGAAACUAGAUAGAGUUUUAAUUAAUGCUGAGUGGCUGCAAUGUUUUGCUGACUCUAUGGUUGAAUUCAUGUUGCCUGAUGUUUCUGACCAUUGUCUUAUGUUUAUAAGAACUGAUGUGAAGUUUUUCUCUCCUCCAAAGCCUUUUAAGUUCUUCAAUUACUGGACCAAACACGCUGAAUUUUUACAACUUAUAAAUGAUGUUUGGAGUGGAAAUGUAACUGGGAAUCGAAUGCAAAGAUUAAGUAAAAAGUUUAAGUCUCUUAAAUCAGUUUUAAAGGAAUUCAACAGAAAACAUUUUGGUAAUCUACCACAGAAGGUAGUUGAGAAAAAGGCUGAGAUUGCUACACUUCAGAAGGGUAUUCUCGUAUCCCCUGCUGCAGACUUAAUUCAAAGACACAAAAUUGCUACAAAUGAACUUCAUGAGCUGCAAUUAGCAGAAGAAAGCUUUUAUAAGCAGAAAUCUAGAGUACAAUGGUUGCAAGAAGGAGAUUUAAACACAGGGUUUUUUCAUAAGACUAUGAAGAUCAGGAAUAAAAGGAACGAUAUUAGACUGUUAUAUAAAGAGAAUGGGGACAGACUUCACACUUAUGCAGAAAUUCGAGAUGAAGCUGUCAACUAUUAUCAGAAUUUUCUUGGCAAAAAGGAUGACAAUAUCUCUAGUUGCCCUGCAGAUCUUCUACAGGACAUUCUUCAAAAUUCUAUCUCAGAGGAGUUGGCUAGAAAAAUCAUAGAACCUGUUACUGAGGAGGAGAUUAGAGCUACUUUUUUCAGUCUCAAUAGCAACAAAGCUUCUAGUCCAGAUGGUUACUCAGCACAUUUCUUCAAGGCAGCAUGGAGUAUUGUGGGUAAAGAUGUGAUUACUGCUAUUCUUUAUUUCUUUGAAUCUUCUAGAAUUUCUCCUGGUAUUAAUUCUACCGUAAUUGCUUUGGUUCCAAAAGUUGAUAACCCUAGUCAUAUGACUGAUUUUAGACCUAUAUCCUGUUGCACUAUGAUCUAUAAGUGCAUUGCUAAAAUUUUAGCUAAUAGACUUAAACAAUGUCUCCCUGGGUUAAUUUCUAUAAAACAAAGUGCUUUCAUUGAGGGGAGGAGUAUAAUAGACAAUGUUCUUAUGGCUCAAGAGCUUGUGAGUAGAUAUAAUAAAUCUCAAUUAUCUCCUAGAUGUGCUAUUAAGAUAGACCUUCGAAAAGCUUUUGAUACUCUUGAUUGGGGUUUUAUUUUGAAUAUAUUUAAGGCUUUAAAUUUCCCUAAACAGUUUGUGAAUUGGAUUUCUACUUGUAUCACUACUACUAGAUUCUCUGUCUCCAUUAAUGGUGGUUUAGAGGGUUAUUUUACAGGAGCAAGGGGAGUAAGGCAGGGAGACCCUCUCUCCCCUUAUAUUUUUGUUAUGGCUAUGAAUACCUUGUCUAAGCUGCUGGAUUAUGGAGUAGAUCAUGGUGUUUUUGGUUUCCACCCAAAGUGUAAAAAGUAUUCAGGCUUUUGUAUGAAUUGUUCAAAGAGUGAAAUAUUCUAUACUGGUAUAUACGAUGAGUGUAUGGUAGAAAUUCAGGUAGAAACUGGUUUUAAAGUUGGGGAUUUACCAGUCAGGCAGUUGUGGAUAAAGUUUGUCAGCUUUGUGCAAGCUAUUUAUGGAAAGGGAAGGAAGGUAAUAGUCGAGGAGCAAAGAUUGCCUACCCGGGAGAGACUUGCACAAUGGGGCUUGAAAUUGGAUUCUACAGCUUGUUUACUUUGUGGUCAACAAACUGAAAACAGAGAUCAUCUUUGUUUUACUUGUUCGUUUUCUAGAUCUGUUUGGCAGCAAGUUCUCUCUACAUGUGGGUUCACUCGACAGGCGGGAGACUGGAAUGAAGAAUUUGAUUGGGCAGUUAAGGGCUUUAAGGGUAAAUCUCUUCUUACUACUAUUCUAAAACUAGCCUGGACAACUUUUUGUUAUUAUGUUUGGUUGGAAAGGAAUGCUAGGUUAUAUGGCAAGUCACAUAGUUCCGUUGAGACUGUAUUUGGCCACAUUAGAGAUACCAUUAGAUUUAAACUUCAUGGUUUAUCUAAGGUUAAAUAUGAUGUGGUUAAUAGGAACUUAUGUAAUAGGUGGAGCCUUGUUAUUCCUGAUCUAUGUUCUUAG